AUGUCUACGACAAAUGAGAGAACUCACCAGUUCACGCAUUCGAACACCCAGAGAAGAGCCUCUGUUGUCUACGGUUCUGUAGGGAAAGGGGGUUUGUUCAUCCCUCAAGAUUUCUUACAUCGUCAAUCGCUGUAUGCUGAAGAAGACGAAGGCAACACUGGAGAAUCACAGACACUCUUGGGUGUUUCCGCAGACUCUAGUUAUGGUGAACACUUACCGGUUCCUGGUCUGGGACACGCUGAGAGACGUCGUUCUACGGUACAACAUGAAUUAAUCGAAGAAGAAAGACAACUUCUCAAGGAUGCGGCCGGAAAGGUUUUUGAUUCAUCUACAAGUGACGAUGUUGUUGCUGAAGCUUUCGAAGAAGCUAUCAAGACGAAAACUAUCCAUGAUUCCACAACAGCAAAACGCGAAUUAACACAAUUGAUCAAGUCAUCUAUUCCCUUGGUGAUGACAUUUCUAUUACAAAAUUCAUUAUCCACUGUCAGUGUGUUUACAGUUGGUCAUUUGGGAGCCACUGAGUUAGCUGCUGUUUCAAUGGGUGCCAUGACAGCAAACAUCACCGGUUAUGCCACCAUUCAAGGUAUUGCAACUGCAUUGGAUACCUUGUGUCCUCAAGCCUUUGGUGCUAAGAAAUAUAAUUUGGUUGGAAUAUAUUUACAAAAGUGUUCUGCUUUGAUUUUCUCUAUCAUGAUACCAGUUUUGUUUACUUGGGCUUUCUUUGCUUACGAACUUAUCUGUCUCAUUGUCCCGGAUAAGGAAACAGCCAAAUUGCUGGCUGUUUAUUUGAAUGUUCUAACUCUUGGUAUGCCUGGUUAUAUUUUCUUUGAGUGUGGUAAAAGAUUCUUACAAGCACAAGGUAUUUAUCAUAUUUCCACCUAUGUUUUACUAUUUGCAGCCCCUGCUAACUUGGUUAUGAAUGUUGUAUUAGUGAAACACUGGGGUUAUUUAGGUGCACCUUUAGCUGUUUCUAUAAACUAUUGGCUUAUGGCAGUUGGGUUAUUAUUAGCUACAAAAUAUGCUAUUAAGGCAGAAGAUACUCCCGCUGGAUUCCACCCCAUGAGAUGUUGGGGUGGAUUAAACGUUAAGGAAGCAUUUAGUGGAUGGGGUAAAUUGGCAGGUUUGGCAGUUCCAGGUUUGAUUAUGUUAGAAGCUGAAUUUUUAGCUUUUGAGAUUUUGACUUUGAUGGCUUCCUACUUGGGUACUACUGCUUUGGCUGCGCAAUCUAUUGGUACUACAAUGGCUUCAUUAACAUAUCAAGUUCCAUUUGCCAUUGGGAUUGCGUCUUCUACUCGUAUUGCCAACUACUUGGGUGCUGAACUUCCUUACUCAGCAAAGAAAUGUACCAGGGUUUCACUUUCAUUUGGGUUGGUUAUUUCCUUCGUUAACUUUUUCGCAUUGUACAUUUUCCAGUACCAAAUCGCUCGUUUGUUCACUGAUGAUGAAGGAGUCAUUAGAACAGUCACCAGUGUUAUGUGGUUAGUUGCGUUCAUGCAAGUAUCUGAUGCUAUGAAUGCUAACUCAGCUGGUUGUUUGAGAGGUCAAGGCCAAACUAAAAUAGGAGGAAUUGUUAAUUUAUUGUCUUAUUAUAUUGUUGGUUUGCCAUUAUCCAUUUACCUUUCCUUUUAUUCGCCAUGGAAGGGCUCGUUGCACGGAUUAUGGAUUGGUAGUACAGUUGCAUUGACUAUCAUUGGAAGUGUACAGAGCUAUGUUGCAAUUUUCUCAGACUUUGACGAAUUAGUCGAAGAUGCCAAAAAGAGAACUUCUAUUGAAGUUACUGCCUGA